AUGGCGUCAGCUGCCAAUGAAACCCCCGAAGACCGGCUGGACAAGUCGCAUGCUCCUUACACCGAGGAAAAAGACCUCAGCGCCAUCAGCGAUAACGGCAGCAAUCUGUCGGAGGCGCACAAAGCCUAUCUAAUUGAACGACAUGGCACUUAUGACCUUGAUCCCGUUCCUAGCACUGAUCCAGCAGAUCCGUAUAACUGGCCGCUGUGGAAGAAAGUGAGCAACCUGAGUCUCGUCGCUUUCCAUGCGUGCAUGGGCACCUUCACCGCAGCUUCGAUCAUUUGUGCCUAUGAAGACAUCGCGAUAGAUCUUGGGGUCUCGCUGCAACGCGUGAGCUACCUCACUUCUUUGCAGAUUGCCAUUCUAGGAGGCGCCCCGCUGUUCUGGAAGCCACUUUCCUCUCGAUUCGGACGUCGCCCUAUUUUCCUCCUGUCGCUGAUCUUGAGCUGUGUGUGCAAUGUGGGCUGUGCAAAAAGCCCUGACUAUGCAUCCAUGGCGGCGUGCCGAGCAUUGGUCUCCUUUUUUAUAUGCCCCGCUAUGGCAAUCGGCAGUGGUGUAGUCCACGAGACAUUCUUCCGCCACCAGCGAGCGCGCUAUAUUGGAAUCUGGACGGUUAUGGUCACUUUGGGUGUGCCGACGGGCCCUUUUAUCUUUGGAUUCGUGGCCCAGCGUGUCGGCUAUCGCUGGAUCUACUGGGUUCUCGCCAUCACCAACGGCGUGCAAUUCAUUCUAUAUAUUUUCUUCGGGCCGGAAACUCUCUACCGCGGCUCGGAUGUGCAGACUGAAUUGUCCGCCUUCAAGCGCGAGUACAUCUCAUUCCGGAGGAUUGACCCUUCUCCUUUCAGAGUGACCGAGUUUGUUCACCCUCUGAGCCUGUUUACCAACAUCCCUGUAUUGCUCGCCACUAUCUCAUAUUCGAUGGUCUUCCUCUUCGCAUCGGUCAUGAACUCUGUCGAGGUCCCUCAGCUUCUGCAGUCGAAGUUCGAGCUGAAUGCGCAACAAUUAGGUCUUCAAUUCCUGGGUCUGAUUAUCGGAUCUUUGCUGGGCGAGCAACUCGGUGGCUUCAUGUCGGACAUGUGGAUGAAUCGCCGUGCUCGUCAAAUUGGUCGCAAACCUGCUCCCGAGUUCCGUCUGUGGCUUAGCUAUAUCGGCUUCCUUCUGACUAUUGCUGGCAUGGUCGUGUUCUUGGUAUGUACCGAGCACGCAGCCGUUGGCAAGUGGACGGUGAAGCCGAUUAUUGGAACUGCUAUUGCUGCCUUUGGAAACCAGGUCGUCACAACUGUCAUGACAACAUACGCCGUUGAUACCUACCCACAAGAUGCUGGCAGUGUCGGCGUGUUUAUUAAUGUCGUGCGCUCGACCUGGGGAUUUAUUGGACCUUUCUGGUUCCCCUCCAUGUUCGAGAGUGUCGGUAUUGCGAACAGCUCAGGCGUAGUCACAGCCUUGGUGAUGGGCGCGAGCUUUUUCCCUACAGUCUAUCUCCAAUUCCAGGGACACAAGUUCCACAAAAUGGAGUAG